AUGAAAUGUAAUAAAGAUGAAGAUGUUACAGCUAGAGAAAUUGUUGAGCAAAAAUUAACCGAGAAGGACAUUGCUAGAGCUCAAAAAUUUGCUUUGAAAGCUCACAAUUUGUUUCCAGACUUUGAUGGUAUUUCUAAAUUCGUUAAGAUUAUCAAUGUUUAUUAUUCUCAUCAAAAAAAGAAGAAGACUACUGGUGAAGUGGAUAUUCACGGUAUCCUUUUUGGGAAAGGGGUGCUUAAGGUUAUAUUUGGAGCAGGGAGGUUGUUGUUGUCUGAUAUAACCAAAAGAAUGACGUAUGACAAUAAGCAUGGAUCUUCUGCUUCACGUGUGAAGCUUCUUACACCAAAAGAAGCUAUGAGUGCACUGAACUAG